UGAAUAUUACGAGUGGAGGAAGAGUGAAAGAGAGCGAGUGAGAGUGAGUGAGCAUAUUGAUGUGUGUUGCGAAUGUAUGCACGUUUAUUUACAGUGUGUAAUCGAGCACUAGCGAAUGUGAAAAAAAAGUACUGAAUAAAACGGUUGUGUGUCUCUUACUCAUAAAGUCAUGUCAGAGUCGCAUUAAUUUAGCAAAGUAGAAGAAAAGGAUAAAAGAAUAAAAUAUAUGUAUAGAUAGCUAUAGAGAGAGAAAACCAAAAACGAACAACCGUAAAAGAAGAGACAUAUCUUGUGUAUCACAAGUGUCAAAAGUGUGUGUGCUUCUCUUGUAUGGUGGUGACCUAUUAAAAUGGUAGAACCUGAUCCAUGGAAUGUAAUUGAGAAAAAUCAAGAAAAUACUCACAAUUGUGUGACUAACAGCAACGAAUCGAACGCCAAUCCAUCUGCAUUCGAAGACAAUUUUCUGGCGCAAACCACAGCAAACGUAUCAAACGACAAUUUACCCGAUUCACAGGAGUACAUUCAGGCAUUAGAAAGGAAACUUUCAAAGCUGAAAAACUCUGCAAAUAUUUUGGAUCAGCUGAAAGCGCGCCGUGAACAUUGCAUCGAAAAUCUGCUGGUGGGUAAUAUCAAUUUGAACGAUAGCACAAACGGUGACGAAAUUCAUUUGGACGAGGACAUCGAAUCGAACCGGGGACGUGAUAUUUUGCGAUACAUUCAACCAGAGCAACCGAUCAAUUUGGGUGAAUUGGUGACGAUCAUAAAUCACGAUUAUUUGGAUCAAGAGCAGAAGAAUUCCUCUGAACCUGACGAAAGCGAAGAAACCCAUUAAACGAAGUAAGAUCACAACGCAUUGCAUUUAUUUACAAAGAAAAAAAAAUACAAACUGGCAAACAAACAAACCAAAUAAAUUUCAUCAUUAGCCCAGAGCACAAUGUCAUCGAUUCAACAAAAAUCAAUGAAUGCCGUCGAUUUGACGCAGAAAACCUUUUUCCUAAUGAGUGGUGCAUCGCGUGGCAUUGGACGAACGAUGGCCAUUGAAUGUGCUGCAAAAAUGGCAACGGGUUCUGUUAUCGUGUUGAUAGCACGAUCCACUGCGGGCCUCGAAGAAACUAAAGCCCAAAUUCUCGCUAAAAAUCCAUCAAAUGUAACGGUGUUUCUGUUGACACUCGAUCUGACACGUCCAUCGGCCGACCAAAUUAGUUCCGCCAUUUUCGAUGCCACACUCAGCGAACGCAAUCUCGACGAAUUUAAAUUAGCAAUGAUUGUACAUAACGUGGGUAGCAUUGGUGAUGUCAAGCGAUAUGCUAAAGAUUUUAGUGAUAUUGAUGAAUUACAUGACUAUUAUGCGGUGAAUGUGUUUUCUGUGGUUGCACUCAAUUCGGAAUUCAUGAAGCGAUUCGACGUGCAAACGCGACGGUUGAUUGUCAACAUUACAUCAAAAUGUAGCCUUGUUCCAUUCAAAAGCCUAACCAUGUACUGGUAAUGUAUAUUCUAUCAGCAAACCAAUUCAUUCUUAUUAUUUUAUUGUUACUCUUUCUUUGGUUUAACAAAAUUUUCUUAACAUUUUACUCUUUUUCCAAAACAACGAACACGGCACGAAAACCAAAACAAAAAAACAACACCACCAAAGUUCUGGCAAGGCAGCACGUGAAAUGUACUUCCGAACAUUGGCAUUGGAAGAGGCCGAACGUGAUCCAACAUUGACUGUACUUAAUUAUGCACCCGGGCCCGUUCAAACCGAAAUGACACACGAAAUAGAAAACAAUGCGGUGGCAUUCGAUGUGCGGGCCAUUUUCAAGGGAUUGCGCGAGGAAAGGACAAUUCUACAACCGAUCGAAACAACGAUCAAAUUUCUAAAAGUCAUUGAAACGGGUGAUUAUGUUUCUGGAGCGCACAUCGAUUACUAUGACAAUUGACAAUAAAAUGAAACGGAACGAAAAACGCUUUUAAUGAAGAAAAAAAAAACGAUGUUCUUGGCCAAUAGAAUAUAGAUAAGCUUAUUACAGGAAUUCGUUUUGAUCGAAUUUACUUAGUAUUGUUCGAGUUUAAAAAAAAUUGUGUCUUCUCUCUCCAUUCCACUGAGCUAUUUUUUGUUUCAAGCCUUGUUUGUCCAAGCCGCACUUUGUUAAUUUAGAUUCCAAAUGUAACAUUUCCCGCCCACUUUUAUACAUAUAUGAUAUUCGAAGAGUAUUGAGAAAAUAUAUAGAUAUUUUUGUUAUCGAGCAUACAAGAAAA